AUGUCAAUCCAUAACAAAAUCCAGCAGGCAGCCCAUCAAAAUGAGCAACUCCUCCGCGGGCUCGAGGAAACCGACGCUGCACCCUCACAGCUCAAGCAGCAGAACGCAUACAUUGCUGACCUCGACUCGCAAAUCAACAACACCAGAAAGCGUGUCAACGACCUGAAGAAGAAGACUGCUAGUGAGCUGAAGGAUCACGAAAAGUACCGCGACUCAACUUUCCGCCGUUUUGCACACAAGGCCAGCGGCAAGAAGGAGAAGUUUGCCGAGAAGGCAGCAAAGGAAGAGAAAGAGUACUUUGAUGCGAUCCAGGAGCAGAAGAGUGCCGAAGACGAACUAGCCUACGUCAAGCAACUACGUGACGAAGCUGAGAUACGCAAAAACGAAAUUACAUCGCAAUCUAAUCGUCACGAUACCCUACAAGCCGAACUCGAUGCGCUUUACAACUCAAUCUUCGCCGGCCAUACGCCCGAAUUCCCCGACGAAGACCGCAAAGAAGAGGCUUGCAACGCCGCAUCUGCCCAGGUCCAGAACUUGAACCAACGCCUCGAGCGCGAACGUCACAUCCUUUUCCUCCUCGGACAAACCGUCGUCAAGCUCUCGGCGGCGCGUGAAUAUCUCGACGGCGCGUACGGCAUGAGUCAAUACGAUAUGUUUGGUGGCGGAACAAUGGCCAGUAUGCAGAAGCGCAACUAUCUCGAGCGCGCAGAGAGCGCUAUACAACAGGUGCGCAUGCUACAACAGCAGGUCAAACAAGUCGCGCCCGAAAUACCCGGGCUGGGUCAACUCAACAUUGCAAUGGGCAGUAUCUGGAGCGAUGUAGUUUUUGACAACAUCUUCACGGAUAUGCAGAUGCACGAUCAGGUCAAGCAGUCUAUUGUACAGGUUGACCGUGCAGGCAACAAAUGCAGCGAUAUCAUUAGGCAGCGCGAAGCGCAGGAGAAGAGUCUUCAGAGGGAAGUGGACCAAGCAAAAGCCAAAUUGCAGCACUCGAGAUUAGAGCUACAGCAAGCGCGCGAAGAGGCAUUCAGGAGGGUGCUCGGUGGUGCGCAAGCAAACGCCGCUAUGGGAGGUUUCAUGUCUUCGGGUGAUGAGGCCCCUCCGCCCGAGUAUACUGCGCCGGCCGGCCCGCCACCUGGGUACUCGGCUUGA